AUGGCCGACGAAAUGAUGCGGGAAGCAUUAAUCCGGGCUGCCCGGCCAAACCUCCUCGGUAUCUUUAACCAUGCUCCUCGUCAGAUCCCCAACUUCAACUUUCAAUUUCAAGAUGCCCCGCCCCAAGAAGUCCGUCGACAACGUCAAGAAAUACUUGGAAUAGUGUGGAUUUGGGGUCUCUUGCCGCUUCCGACAAUCAAUUAUGCCCUUCUCUGGCACAGAUACCGUCCAGAAAGCUUCAGCGCCCUCUUUUUGCGGAUAGUGACAACCACAGCAGUUUUGAUGGUCAAGUUCGGGCGAAUAGUCGUCUAUUUGAUGGUGACUGGCAAUUGGAUCAGAGACGUGUUACGGUUUAUCAUGGUUUUUGGUAGCUUAGUCACAUUCUCCGAAAACUUCUUUCAAGAUAUAUUCAACUAUGCCAUGCGUGGAUAUCCACAGCUACUUGAGCGCAAAUGCGAAAUGUUAAAGAAUGGAGAGCCCACAAUGAUCGAAUGGAAUAGCAUUACCCAGGUACUAGUUGAUACGCUUGCUCAGAAUGUCAAAGGAGUUUGUAUUAACGGAUUUUACGAAACUGCUGACGGAACCUCACACGAGCUUCAUGAAUAUACAUUGGAUGUCAAGUCGUUGAUCUUCCGGUUUUCUGAUGCUUUGGUCCGUGUCUUUCCAAUCUUCGAAUCUGUUCCUACCAUCUUUCUUACCGUGACUACAAUUAUUAUCUACGUGCUUUACGGGUUGAUGGGCCAAUUAAUUGGGUUCAACGUGCUCUUUUUCCUUCUGCUACACUCAUUCCACCGGUGGAUGGGGUUACUUUCGUUCAUUGGUCGUCUAUGCAAGGCUCUAUGGUAUAGCACUGAGACAAUGGUGUUUUAG